CUUGAACUGACUAAUAACAGUAACUUAAUAAAGGGUUUGAUGUAGAGAUCACAUCAGAUUGUGCUAACUAAUUCGGAUUAAGAAGACAAAAUUAAGAGAAGACCGUGAAGCUCUCCAGACUCCAGUUCUUCACUUCCAGUCUACCAUCUGGGCCCGAAAGCCUGCCACUUUGUUGUCCUGCGACGUGUGUUCUUCAGUUUGGGCCAAGCCUGCAUAGGGAGUUGAAGCCCAACGCUAGUGAUAUUGACUGUUGUUCGUCUUUUAGUUUGCGUUUGUAUAGAGAUAGGAUCAGAGUUGGAGAGUUGUUUAAUGGCUACCUAAUCAUCAUAUAAGGACAAAAGUCAAAAACUUCAUCCUCAGAUGAAUCAUGCUGACCGAUCUUCGUAUCCAUUGUUUUACCUGGGAACACGAUUCCCGUUUAUCCAUUGUUCCUUCCGGAUCGAACUCUAUCUCUGCUCGGAAUCACAGCGGCCGGCGGCGGCGGCGGGCAACCAGUGUUUUCCCGACAGCUUCUCUUUCCGGUCUCGGCUACUGGAUCCAUUCCGACGGCGGAGACAGUCGACCGUAGUAGCUUGAGCCGCCGUCAAAUUUUCCCCGAGAAAGGUGCGAGAUAUCCGUCCCUCAUUUCCCUCUCGACUCUUCUUAUACCCUGAUUAUGAACUUGCAGUAACAUUAAACCGAGGUUUAUUGGGAUUAAUUCCCUAAAUACACAUAAAACUAAAGCAAAUUUCUAAACUACCACACUUUUAAAAAAAUUUCCCAAAAUACCUAAGUUUGGAGUGGUUCGAGUUUGAGAAACUCGAACUACUAACCGGUUCGAGUGUAGGAGACUCGAUCUACUUGUAGAUCGAUGAUAUAAGCCUCGAACCAUGUGGGGUUGAAGUGGUUCGAGUUCACUGAACUCGAACCACUCCUUUGAAAUUUCCAAACCCCUUAACUUUGUGCUCGGUUAUCCGGUUGUAGCAAACUUUUUUUUCAUUUCGCAUAACUUUUUGAGGACUACAACUUUUAUAAUAGAAAUAUUUUCAGAAUAUAUGUGAAAAUGUAAAAAUUAAUGUUAAAGUUACUCCCAAAACCCCUUAUAUUAAAAACUAUUCCUAUUUUGAAAAUUUAUUCCUAGUAAAUGUUGUAGUACUCAAAAAGUUAUGCAAAAUAAAAAAAAACUUUGCGACGUUCGGAUUCCGGAGCACAAAGUUAUGAUCCUCCAAAGUUUGACAAAUUCGAAAAUUUGCUCGUUUAUGGGUAGCAAAUGACGUUUACAAGGAAGAUAGUCAUCCAAAAAUUUCUCGUUUGGAAAACUAUUGCUCUUUUUGCAGAAAUUUCCUAUAUAUAAAAAAAUUUCUUGUGCCUUCGCUCCGAGAAAAUGUCAUUUGUAACCCCUAAACGAGCAAUUUUUCGAUUUUACCAAACUUUAGAGGAUCAUAACUUUGUGCUCCAAAAUCCGAACGUCGCAAAGUUUUUUUUUUAUUUUGCAUAACUUUUUGAGUACUACAACAUUUACUAGGAAAAAAUUUUCAAAAUAGGAAUAGUUUUUAAUAUAAGGGGUUUUGGGAGUAACUUUAACUUUAAUUUUCACAUUUUCACAUAUAUUCUGAAAAUAUUUCUAUUAUAAAAGUUGUAGUCCUCAAAAAGUUAUGCGAAAUGAAAAAAAAGUUUGCUACAAUCGGAUAACCGAGCACAAAGUUAAGGGGUUUGGAAAUUUCAAAGGAGUGGUUCGAGUUCAUUGAACUCGAACCACUUCAACCCCACAUGGUUCGAGGCUUAUAUCAUCGAUCUACGAGUAGAUCGAGUCUCCUACACUCGAACCGGUUAGUAGUUCGAGUUUCUCAAACUCGAACCACUCCAAACUUAGGUAUUUUGGGAAAUUUUUUUAAAAGUGUGGUAGUUUAGGAAUUUGCUUUAGUUUUAUGUGUAUUUAGGGAAUUAAUCCGGUUUAUUGGGUUCUCAUGAUUUAUCUUGGGUUUAAUUGAAAUAGAGGGUAGCUGUAAGAAAUCACUAGAGACCUUAACUAAAGAAAUGCCGCUUUUUCUACCAAAACGGGAUAUUAAACUAAUGAAGAAAGCAUGGGUCUGCAGUAUUUUGCCAACUUGGAGGGAUCCUAAAGCAAGAAAGUCUUUUUCCUUUUUUUCCCUUUCAGCACCUACUCGAUGUUCAACCAUGGCUGCCAACGCAUAUCCGUGUGUGUUGGACUAUGAUAAGGGCCAAAGGAAACACACAGAGUUAAACGGAAAAUGGGUUCUUCAAGCCUGUUUCUGCACUACGUUUUGCUCUUACUACCACUGUGUUCUUGCUAUUACAGUGAUACCAUCUCCAUAAACAAACCCCUCAAAGAUGGAAGCCUGGUAAUUUCCAAAGGUGGUUACUUUGCUCUUGGAUUUUUCAGCCCUGUGGGAGAUAAUGCGAAGUCCGGUUCCAGUUCCAGGUAUCUUGGAAUAUGGUACAACAAAGUGCCAAAGCAGACAGUCGUCUGGGUAGCAAAUCGCGACAAUCCAAUCACGGAUUCAUCUGGGGAAGUUUCUGUUGACAAUUAUGGGAAUCUCAUUCUGUUCAGCAGCCAUUCCCCUGAGGACAACUCUGGUCCACAAAUGCUUCAAAGGAAGCAAUGCCAAUGGGUUUCAAUGCUUCUGCUGGUGCAGCAGCUCAGCUCUUUGAUUCCGGGAAUUUGGUGCUGUUUCAUGGUGGGGGAGGAAUGGUUUGGCAAAGCUUUGAUCAUCCUACUGAUACAAUUCUACAAGGGAUGAAAUUCGGGUUGAAUAGGACGACAGGCGCAUUAUCAUCCUUAACAUCGUGGAGAUCAUCAGACGAUCCUGGUACUGGAGAUUACUCGUUGAAGCUCGAUCCAAGAGGCUCUCCUCAGCUCUUCCUUGUCAAGGGGACAACAAGAAGAGAACCUUACUGGAGAAGCGCACCUUGGCCAUGGAAGAAGUACCCUCAUGUCUACAACUACACCUUUGAGAACAAUGAAGCUGGGGUGCUUUUCUCAUACCAUACUUAUGACCCUUCAGUUACGAUCAGGAUACUGCUUGAUGGGGUGGGAAUUCUGAAACCAAUGGCAUGGCACGAGAGAGAUGGAAAUGGAGAUUGGAGGGAGUUCUGGUCUGCUCCGAAGCUCAGGUGUGACUUGUAUGCUCAUUGUGGUGAGUAUGGUAGCUGUGAUCCUUUGAGGGUUAACACAUUUGAGUGCUCUUGUUUACCUGGGUAUGAACCGAAGAACCCGAUGGAGUGGUCUCUGAGAGAUGGAUCUGAUGGGUGUGUGAGCAAACGGGUGAAUAGUUCCUCAACGUGCGGGGAGGGUGAUGGGUUUUUGAGACUAGAACAUGUCAAGCUCCCUGAUUCUUCUCAUGCUAUUUGGGUGGAUGUGUUGUUGAGUUCGAGCAUUGAUUUGGAAUGUGGGAAGAUAUGUUUGAGUAACUGUUCAUGUUCCGCAUACGCGGUCGUUAAUGCGAAUGAAGAGAAGAAGAUGUUGUGUCUGCAAUGGCAUGGCGUGUUGGUGGACACCACAAACCGUGGAGCAACUGAUGGAUAUGAUCUCUAUGUUCGAGUGGAUGCGGUUGAAUUGGCUAGACGGUCCACAGAUCUCGAUGGCUUACCUAAGAGGAGGUCUAUGGUGGCCGUCAUGGGAGCUUCAGUUACUGCAGCAUGGUUUGUCAUUGUUUCAUUUUACUUGGUGCUGAGGAGGAAACGUCAAGUGAAGGAUAAAGCGAAUAGCAGAAGGUCUGACCAGUCAACUGAUGGUUCACUUGGGUACCGAGAGAGAAUGGGGAAUGAGCUUCCCAUCGGUAGUGGAACGAGGACUUACCAUCAGGACCUUAGAUUUUUCAGUCUGAGCAGCAUAUCAGCAGCAACUGAUGACUUUUCUCCGGCUCACAAACUUGGUCAUGGUGGUUUUGGCGUAGUUUAUAAGGGUCAGUUACCUGAUGGCCAGGAGAUUGCAGUAAAAGUUUUAAGUAAGAAUUCAGGGCAAGGUACAGAAGAAUUCGAGAAUGAAGCCGAGUUGAUUGCAAAGCUUCAGCACAGGAACCUUGUAAAACUGUUGGGAUGCUGCAUUGAGCAUCACCAACAAAUGCUGGUGUAUGAAUACUUGGCAAAUAGAAGCUUGGAUUCAGUUCUUUUUGACGAAACCAGGAAGGUGUCCUUGGAUUGGAACAAGCGAUACAACAUUAUGGUUGGCAUCGCCCGGGGCAUCUUGUAUCUUCACCAAGAUUCGAGGUUGCGAGUGAUUCAUAGGGACCUGAAAACCAGCAACAUUCUUUUGGAUGCUGACAUGAACCCAAAAAUUUCAGAUUUUGGGACCGCAAGAAUGUUCAAAGGCGAUCUACUUGGAGAUCGGACACAUAGAAUCGUUGGAACGUAUGGGUACAUGUCACCUGAGUAUGCAGUGCUAGGACAUUUUUCGACAAAAUCCGAUGUGUUUAGCUUUGGGGUCGUGCUGCUGGAGAUCAUAAGUGGGAUCAGGAUCAAUGCGUUCUGUGAGGAGGAUCAACCCCAGAACUUGAUAGGACAUGUUUGGGAACUAUGGAAAGUAGACACGGAAAGAGUGAUGCAGGUAGUCGAUCCAUCAUUGGAGGAUGAGAAGGAGAAGCGUUUCGAAGACAUCUUGAGAUGCAUCCAAACUGCUCUCCUUUGUGUCCAAGAGAAAGCAGAUGAUAGACCAGAUAUGUUAGCAGUACUUCUGAUGUUGAAUGGUGAAAGAACACUGCCUCCCCCCAAGCAACCUGCUUUCAUAUUUAGAGAACAUCCAUUAAUGUCGGAACAACAAGAAGAAGAGCAAUGUUCCAUCAAUCAGGUCACCAUCACAAUGUCUCUCUCUCGCUAGUUACUGCAACACCUUUUUUUUUUUUUUUUUUUCUUCUGUCCAUGAAUGUCCAGUGAUGAAUGGCUUCCAUUGUUCAUAGAGUCUAAUGUACAAGGUGGUUCCUUUCUGGUAGUUUUGGCAUUUUUUAGGUUUAUGACUUCCACAAUUCAUGGUUCUAAUGUAAAAAGAUGAUACAUCUUUAAGUAGGUUUAGGACUUCUAUACUCUUUUGGUGUCAAGUUCAUGGCGAUUGGUGAAGGCAACAAUUCAUGUGUGACUGAUCACUAAUUGUGAGCUUGGUAAUAAAAUGGUCAUUAAACU